CAAAGAUUUCUUUAUCUACAUUAAAAAAAUAUCGAUUGGAAUCAAACACAAGUAUGAAGACAGCUUCUUACAACUUUCUAUGUAUUGUAGCUUAUGUCCUAACUCUGCAGCUCAUCAAUGGCUCAUCCUCAGCAGCAACACCACCUCCACGUUCAGAAGGUAACUCUUCAACUUCGUGUAUUAGAACCUGUGGAGGAAUCUCUAUCCCCUUCCCUUUCGGAAUAGGCGAGAAAGACUGCUAUCUCAACAACUGGUACGAGGUUGUCUGUAACACCACCGUACCGUUCCUCUCACGGAUCAACACCGAAUUGGUCAACAUCUCUCUUCCAGACGGUAAUAAACCAUACGGAGCGGUUCACAUCAAAGGUCCCGUGACUUCUUUGGGCUGCUCUAGUCAAGGACUAGAAAAGUCAACGCCAGUUUUGAAUGUCACGGGAAGAGGCAGUCCAUAUUUUCUCACAGACCAAAACCGUCUCGUGGCGGUUGGUUGCGGUGCCAAGACAUCUCUUACAGAUAUAGAAUCAGAGAUCAUAGGUUGUGAAUCGAGCUGCCAAGACAGUAAACGUAGUCAGCAAGUAACAAACUCGGUCUGCGAUGGUUUCAGAUGUUGCCAGGCGAGGAUACCUUUAGAACGUCCACAAGUUAUAGGUGUGAAUAUAGAUGUCACAGGAGGAGAAGGGUGCAGAGUUGCCUUCUUGACUAACAAGAGGUACUCACCGAUGAAUGUAACAGCGCCAGAACAGUUUCAUUCGUUGGGGUAUGCGUUGGUAGAGCUAGGAUGGUACUUUGAUACUUCGGAUUCUCGCUUUAGGAGCCCCUUAGGUUGUAGAAAUAUGACGCGUUACAGUUCUUACACCUCAUUUGAUAAAUGCGGUUGCGAAUAUCAGUACUUCUCUGGGAUGAGUUAUAGGAACUGUUAUUGCAAUAAUGGCUACACAGGGAACCCAUACGUUAAACACGGCUGCAUAGACAUAGAUGAAUGCAAAGGACACAACAUUUGUGGAGAAAGGACUUGUGUGAACUGGCCUGGAUCAUAUAGCUGCAAUCCCAUCGUAACCAAGCCUCAAAAGACCUCUGUGCUUCAAGGUGUUCUUAUAGGUCUAGGAGUGUUGUUGUUCGUCCUAGGACUCUUGGGGCUGUACAAACUUGUGAAAAAGCGAAGGAAGAUCAUCCACAGCAAGAAGUUUUUUAAACGUAAUGGAGGCUUGUUGUUGAAACAACAACUAACCACCACGAAAGACGGGAACGUAGAGAUGUCGAGGAUCUUUAGCUCAAAGGAAUUGAAGAAAGCCACGGAUAACUUCAGCGUGAACAGGGUCCUUGGGAAAGGAGGUCAAGGCACGGUGUACAAAGGAAUGCUGGUGGAUGGGAGGAUCGUCGCGGUUAAAAGAUCGAAACUUGUGGACGAAGACAAGAUGCAAGAGUUCAUCAAUGAAGUCGCACUUCUCUCGCAGGUAAACCAUAGGAACAUUGUGAAACUCUUGGGAUGUUGUCUAGAGACAGAAGUUCCGAUCCUUGUUUACGAAUAUAUUCCAAAUGGAGAUCUGUUCAAGCGUCUUCAUGAUGAGUCUGAAGAUUACAACAUGACUUGGGAAGUACGUCUUGGCAUAGCUAUAGAGAUUGCUGGAGCCCUUUCAUACAUGCACUCAUCAGCAUCUUUUCCAAUAUACCAUAGAGAUAUCAAAACUACUAAUAUACUAUUGGAUGAGAAAUACAGAGCCAAGGUGUCUGACUUUGGAACUUCGAGAUCGAUAACAGUAGAUCAAACUCACUUGACAACAUUAGUUGCAGGCACUUUUGGGUACAUGGAUCCAGAGUACUUUCUGUCAAGCCAAUAUACUGACAAGAGCGAUGUUUAUAGUUUUGGGGUUGUACUUGUGGAGCUCAUAACCGGAGAAAAACCAUUGACUCGUGUCCGGUCUGAAGAAGGAAGAGGAUUGGCAGCUGAUUUUCUUGAGGCCAUGAAAGAAAACAGAGGGUUUGACAUCAUUGAUGAUCGGAUCAAAGACCAAAGCAAGCUGGACCAAGUGAUGGCAGUCGCAAAACUAGCUAGAAGGUGUCUAAGCCGGAAAGGAAGGAAACGACCAAACAUGAGAGAGGUUUCAAUGGAGCUGGAGAGGAUCCGUUUAUCACAUGAGGAUUUAGAGGGUCAUUUAAAUACGGACAAUGAAGAGGACCAAGCCGUGGAGAUCAAGAUAAUUAAUCAACUGUUUUGAACCGGUUAAAGAUGAUUCAACACGUUGCUAGAGUUAUAUAGUAUGUGCUACUAAGUUUUAUAAUGUGUGCCACAACUAUUUUUUGUUA